UAUCGAACAUAUGCGGAAGAGGCGGUGACUGGUCGCUUUAGUUCAGGGGUGGCCAACCUAUGGCAUUCCAGUUGUUCAUGGACUACCAUUCCCAUCAGCCCCUGCCAGCAUGGCCAAUAAUUCUGUCUUUAUGGUGCUUCCCACCGUUAGUCAUUAGGAAAAGCAUAUGGAAAAACCUGUAGAUACCAUAGAACAGGAAGCCUUUUCCGGCCCCUGGUUCCGAUCCAUCAUCCCAUAUCCGUUUUUAUGAUUGGAUAACCUAUUUGGGCCGGCUCUUGCUUCGCGAAGCAUGAUGGGACUUGGUUCCCAGAAGGAGGGGUGCACGAGGAUAAAAUGAUGAGAAGGAGGCGGGGAUCUCCCGUCCUGGUUAGCGGAGGGUCCGUCUCCUCGCCUAGGGCAGCUGCGAGAAAGAAGCCCCGCAAGCGGGAGUUGCGCGCAGAGUUUUCGGCUGCCCUGAAGGAGCCUCUCACGAGGGAGAAAGUGGCUGCCUCCUGGGCCCGCAGGGAAGGCCUCCAGCACGAGGCCAUUGUGUUGGAUCCUGUUCCCUUCUGCCACUGUGUCAUCCCAAACUUCAUCCAAAAUGAGAGUUUCCUAGAAGGACUGCAGAAAGAGUUGCUGAGCCUGGAUUUCCACGAAAAGUGCAACGACUUAUACAAAUUCAAGCAGUCAGAUGACCUCCAGAAGAGAGAAGAACCCCACGUUGCAGCUUUAAGGAAGGUUCUCUUUGACGAGUUCCGGGUGUGGCUUUCAGAUGUGGCCCAAGUGAAACUGGAGCCAACCAUCGAUUUGUCCUGUGCCAAAUAUGAAUAUACAGAUGUCCUGCUCUGUCACGAUGAUGAACUGGAGGGGCGGCGAAUUGCCUUCAUCCUCUACCUCGUGCCACCGUGGGACAGGAGCGAUGGGGGCACUCUCGACCUUUUCAGUACAGAUGAUCACUUCCAGCCUCAGCAGAUCAUCAAGUCACUGGUCCCUUCGUGGAACUCCCUGGUUUUCUUUGAAGUGUCGCCUGUCUCUUUUCACCAGGUGGCUGAAGUCCUUUCCAAAGACAAGUGUCGGUUGUCCGUGAGCGGCUGGUUUCACGGCCCCUCAAUUGCCAGGCCUCCAUGCUACAUUGAGUCGCCCCUUCCACGGACUUCCCACAUUCCUUUUGAUCACGAAAUCUUGUAUCGCUGGAUCAAUCCAACAUAUCUGGAGAUCGAUUCCCAGAGCCGGAUCCAAGAGGAGUUUGAGGACCGGUCUGAGAUCCUGCUGAAGGAUUUUCUCAAGGCAGACAAAUUCCAGCUGGUCUGUGAGGCUCUGAAGAAGGGAGGACCCAAAUGGAACAGCAGGGGGCCCCCUAACAAAAGGUUUUAUGAGCAAGCAGAAGAGGAGAGCCUGCCAGCCAUUUUGAAGGACUGCAUGGAGCUGUUCCGUUCAGAGGCCUUCUUCCUGCUUCUUUCCAACUUCACAGGCUUGAAGCUGCAUUUCUUAGCACCUGAGGAGGAGGAGGAAGAGGAAGAAGAAAUGGCGGCAGGAGGAGAUCCUUCUAGCUGCACAGAAGGGGAAAGCAGUCGAGAGGAAAGCAACGGGCACAAUAGUGCAGGGGAGCUAAAGGGAAACUCUGAAAACGAUGGAUGCAAAAGUGGCUCAAGAAUCCCUCAGUGUGCUGGAGAGCUGAGACACUGGACCAAAGGCUGCUACACCCUUGUCCACGAUGCCCAGACAACGGAGUUCGCCUUGGAUCUACUGCUCUUCUGCGGCUGUGAAAGUUGGAAUGUGGACUGGGGAGGCUUCACUUCAUACAUUGCAAAGGAUGAAGAUGAAGAGCUGCUGACUGUCAACCCAGAGGACAACUGUUUGGCUUUGGUUUACCGAGACCGGGAUACACUGAAAUUUGUAAAAUACAUCAACCACCCUAGCUUGAAGCGGACAGCAGCACAAGCCGAGACAACUGGAUUUUGGGAUUUCUGUUUUGUUUACUAUGAAUAACUGAUAACAAAGUCAUCCUCUAGAAGCAAACCCCCCCCCUUUUUUUUUGCACUGGACCUUUAGAUAAAAAGAACACUGAUAGCAAUUUUUGAAACACCUUCUAGGGCCUAGGCUCUUACACAGUCUCCCCCCUUUCUUCUGUCCUCCUGUCAAUUCAGUGGCCUUCAGCAAAUGAACCACAGUGUCUUGGGCAUCUCUUAAACUGUAGGUACUGUCAACAUUUGCCUUGGCCUUGUGCUUCUGGGUUUCUGCUCAGCUUCAGUCUGAACAUCCUAGGGGAAGCCAUGAAAGGCUGCUCGCAGAAGCAGACUGUGGACACAAAUGGUUUCUAUCCUGGAGCUAUGUCUUACAAGCAUGUUCUGUGAACCGAGAAGUAGAUUCUCUGGUUAAAAAUACUCCCAAAAUGUUUUUUUCCUAAUGUUUUUCUAAACCAGAUCUUUGAUAUCCUCACGAAGGAAGAUGAGUUCAGCUGAUAUGCAAUAGUGACAUACCCUUGGGAAUUUUGCUUGUAAAAUAAGCAGCCAGUGGCUAAAAAAGUGAGAGGCUCAGGGCUUUAGCACAAUAUUACAAGAGUUUUAUAGUACAAGCAUUGCGGAGGGGGAUGCGUUAAACAGCCGCCACUGAAAGGUGGCCUAACUAUACAUCCUUUCUCUGUCUAAUGUACAGUGUUUCACAAUAAAAGGAGUGAAUGUGUAA